GUCGACAACAUCAGCAUUCGAGUACGGGACGUCGUCAUCGUUGCUUAUUCUUUGUCCGUAUGACGGUAAAGUUUUUUUCUCGUUUUGCACAAUACCUAAUGAUUUUUCUAUAAACCGUGUAGCAAAUGGUGUGAGAGAAUUUCCCAGGUGAAAAUCGGUGCUGGAGGGAACUUUGCUGUUUGCUAGGAAGAGUGAAAUUUGAUAAUUUUCAACAAACAGCUGUAUAAUAUUGGCCAUGAGUGAGUGGCAGGUGGAAAAAAAUAUAUCAACAUACGGAAGUGAGAAAAACUGGCAAAUACUGUCAGAAGUGAAAUCUACUGGGUUAAUUUAAAUUAGUGCUAAUUUUCUGAAAAGCGGUCAAAUUGCGACCUAGCAUUAGUUCCGCUGAUUGUUGGGACCUCACAGCGAACGGAUAAAAAUGUCUGCCGCCCACUUGGAUCCAGUUUGAUCAAAUUACGUGACAGUGUGUAGUUUUCAGGCUUAGGAGUUAGCAGUGGAAACGAGUAAAAGUCUCAUAUUAGCCUGAACGGGCUUGCAGUACACCUAGAAAAAAGUGAAAGUGUGUCACUGAGAAGCAAAUUGUGUUAACAGAUGUUAAUCAAAAUAAGCUCAGUACAUGGUGAUUGUGUUCUAAAUGUGGAAAGUGCAGCGAAGGGUUUCAUUGUGCAUUAAUCGAGCAUAAAGGUUGGAUAAUAGAGAGAAGAAUUUCUAAUUGUUACUGCAAUCUGAUACUAACGACUCGUGUGCUAUAGCGAGCAAGCAGUGUAUAGCACUGCCCCUGUUGUUGGUAGCAGUGAACACCAGAAGCGGAACAGCAUGAGUACGGAACACCCGGCAUUGGAGCUGACGAAUGGUACCGUCAGUUCGAAGCCUAAUAUUAUCAUUCACGCAACGGAAUCGGCAGCGCUGGCUACCGAUCCAUUGAUCAGCCAUGUCGGUGAUGGAAUCUUUCUGCAGACUAAGACCGCCCAGGGACUGGCGGGAAUUUUCGUGUGGAUCGCAUUAUUCAUCACGUGUCAACAGAUCUAUCAGCACUUACGAUGGUACACCAACCCUCAGGAACAACGGUGGAUAGUACGGAUACUGUUCAUUGUGCCCAUCUACGCCACCUACUCGUGGAUUAGUUUGCUAUUUUUCAACUCCGAAAGUGUUUAUGUGUACUUUUUCACGGUGCGGGAUUGCUACGAGGCUUUCGUCAUCUACAAUUUCCUGUCACUGUGCUACGAGUACCUUGGCGGUGAGGGCAACAUCAUGUCCGAAAUCCGCGGCAAACCCAUCAAAUCGUCCUGCCUGUACGGGACCUGCUGCCUGGCUGGCAAAACAUACACUAUCGGAUUCUUGCGGUUUUGCAAACAGGCAACACUGCAAUUCUGCCUGGUCAAACCGUUGAUGGCGUUCAUCAUCAUAUUUUUACAGGCGUUCGGACAUUACCAUGACGGCGAUUGGAGCGCCGAUGGUGGCUACAUCUACAUCACUGUGAUCUACAACUUUUCGGUAUCACUGGCUCUAUACGGACUGUAUCUGUUCUACUUUGCUACCCGGGAUCUGCUAACACCGUUCGAUCCGGUGCUAAAAUUCUGUACCGUGAAGUCGGUGAUUUUCCUCUCCUUCUGGCAAGGUGUCGGAUUGGCCAUUCUUGAAAAGGCGGAAGUAAUCUCACCCAUUGUUGAUGCCGGUGGUUCCACGACAUCGGCCGGUACGGUGUCGGCGGGCUAUCAGAAUUUCUUCAUCUGCAUUGAAAUGUUAUUCGCUGCGAUUGCCCUCCGGUAUGCCUUUCCGUAUCAGGUUUAUGCGCAAAGUUGCAUGACCGAUGCUCACGGGCGAUCUGUAACGAUGCAAUCAAUCUCUAGCAGUUUGAAGGAAACGAUGAAUCCAAAAGAUAUUAUGACGGACGCGAUACACAACUUCCACCCGCAGUAUCAGCAAUACACGCAGUAUAGUUCAGGUGGAAAGAACUCACGUGGCAUCCGAGUGUCGUCGUACGACCCGGACGAUCCAUCCCAUCAGCUGAACCAGAGCGGUAACGGUGGUAAUGCUGCUGGUGGAAACGGAAUGGGCAGCAGUAGCAGCAACAACGGUGGCGGCGGUCGAAGUGGCGGUUACAGUACCGCUCACAGUAACUACAUUGCGCCGCCAACGCUUGGUAGCCAGCGAAAGUUUAUGCCCGUAGGAGGCGCACCCCAGAAAGUGUCAACCAUUAGCCAGAACUAUAACGAGAAAACGAUGCUGCUCAGUAGCGACGAUGAGUAUCAGUAGGGUGUUUCUGGGAAGUUUUGUAUUUCUUCAUCCCGUUGUGUUGUCUACUGAAGGGGGAGGUCAAAAAAAUACACGUUUUCUUUGUGUAAAUGUGCAACUUUCAAUUAUUGUAAAGGUAAACAAAGCUUUCAUGAACAUGAAUCUAAGUCUGCGUGUUAGUGUAGAUAAAAGUACUAACGAAUAAAAAGCAACAGAAGAAGCGGAAUAGUUAUGCAUACAUCAUAAGGAAUAAAUGUUAUAUUCAACACAUUACGUGACUCGGUUGGUGGCAAAAUAUACUUGUACUGCACAAUAUUGUAUGUAUUUCCUACAACUGAAAAUCAGUUUCAUAUAGAUAGGAAUAGCCGAAUAACAUGGCACUUAUGUUUGUAAGCAUUAUGGGUGAAAGUCGUCAUAAUGGCCUCAAUAUUUUCCAACAUCUUGAUUUCUUUUAUAUAAACAAAAGUUUGAUCGAUUCCGUAAGACUUAAGUCUUACAAUUAAAACCACAUUUUACGGCUAAUUUUACUGCCGACCGACUUACGUAUGAGUUGUAAAACUAAAGUACCAGCUUCGUCGUUAUGAAAAGAUGGAAACAAGUGACAUUAAUGACUUGACUCGAGUCAACCAACAAUUCACUAAAAUGAAAUACCCAAAAAUACUUUGUCUGAUGCAAACCAUCACAACGUAAACAGUGACGUCGAUUUUUACCACACAUCAAUAUUUUAACAGAAAUAGCACUUCCGAAAAAUUCUGAGAUAAACUUAGGGAAAAAAAAAUUAAAAUUGCUAAUGUGGAAAUCCGCCUUUCUAAAUAAACAUGCCUACUGUUGUAUCAAGAUAGUCCAUAGUUGUUAAUCGCCAGCCUCUAACGAAAGGUUUCUCGCAUUCUUCAUGGUCGAACCACUUUUUCCGGUGCGAUCCUCAGUUUUGAAGAACCAUUUUAACUGUCUAAAUCCAGGGGUUUGCGUUUGCACUUCAGAACCAUGGCCCUUGACUAUGGCACCAAUCUGACGCUAGUCCAAAAUUGGUGCUUUCAAUAAAAAAUGAGCAUUCUUUCAAUCAUGUAGUUAAAAAACAAAAAAAAAUCUAUCAAUUCAGUAUUUUUUAUUAAAAACAAUGUUUAUUCUUUAAAAAACUUCAAUGAAUAUUGGAGAAGAGGCCCUGGUCAGCCGUACGACGCAACUUAGACGCAAUGCUCUCACAAGAGCGCUGGACGGCACUGACGUCCAUCUUCCGGAUCCUGGUGCUCAACUGCUUUGUAUCCUUGGCUCGCCAAUUAUUUUUGUACGCUAGGGCACUGAGGAAGUCGAAAAAAUCCUCAAUGGGACGGCACGGGGGCAAGUUGGUCGGGUUCCUUUUAUUCGGCACGUACCGUAUCUUUUUCUGAUCAAGAUACUCCAGUGUCUUCUUGGCGUAAUGGGAAUACGCCUUGUCCGGCCAGAAGCCCCAUCCGCAUGAUGCUCCUUUAAGAACGGCAGAAGAAUUUUCUCAAGACACUUCUCCUAGUACACUUGUUGAUUGAACCACGGCUUUGAAAUCCCUCUGUUCGAUAUGGUGAUGUACAGCAAAACAUUUUUUUCAAACUUAUGCUUAAACUUAUAUUUUACUACGGGGAGUGUGGCCAACUUGUCGCUGGAAUAGUAGCUGCCGUUUCCUGGAAUGUGGGUCUUCGAGAACGGAAAGUAACUUUCGUCGACCAGCACGAACGACGUCCCUCUGUAGUUCUUCGUCAUCCACCGGCACUGCGAUUUCAUGAUCGAUAUCUUCUCGUCCGUGUACUCGGGGGACUCAAGAUGUCUUUCAUCUUGAGGGUUCGGUUAAUCAAUGUAUGGGAGCAGUGAUAUUUCCAGCCGGCGUUACACUAGCUCGUGCCGUCCUUGUCGUCGAACAGCUUUUUGAACGCUUCCUUUUUCUUAUUCGUCAUUAUCUUCGCCGGACGGCCGCUACCGGCUUUGCGCUCCACGUUCAGGGAUGCCAGGAUCCGGUAAACUGUACUCACGGGCAAGUUUUCGUCUCGAAAGCGGUCCACCGUAAACUUUUUUCCACGAUGACCAUGCGUUUCGUAAAACCGUACAACACGCUUGCGGAGUGCUUGCUGUUUCGACGCCAUCUUCGAUUGAACUGACAGCAUCCGAGCGAAAAGAAACAUGUCACCCAAUUCUAGGGAGUCCAAAGAGCAAUUAUCUUGGAGAGAAAAAAAAUUACGCUCUUUAUUUUAUUUACAGAAAAGUAUUGAAAUCAUUCUCAUGUUUUAUUGAACACCCGUUAGCUGCAUAUACAGGCAGUGCACGUUGAUGAUACUGUGCUUGAAGAAACGGCCUACAAAAAACCUCGCCCUAAUCGCUGUAUCCUGCUCAGUAUUAUAAAAGCCCAGCACCCCAGCUGCUCUGAGUGAAAUAAUCACUCAUGGUGUGCUUUUCCACACUUUAUCUCGUCAAACAAUGUUUUCCGUUUAGCGAUUUUGAAGCUAGUCGUGCAUUAUUUGAUCUUACUCUGGGAAGUGUGGGUCUUCUAUGUGUUAUGUCUAUUUAUCAUCCCAUGAAUAUGUUUAUUUAGGUCCAAAUGCGGUAGCUUAACGAGGCCGAUUAUUCAUUUUUUAAGUAAGGGAGCCCGGGGUUAGUUGGCGGUUGGGGUAAGUUGGCGGAAGCCCCUUUUCUCCGUUUCUAUUAAACAUAAAACGUUGCCUCUCGUUGUGUACCUCAAGUAAUGUGAAACACAUUAUCCGAUGUGUUUUUGUUGCAAAACAUUUUGUUUUGUUGAAAUUCUGGGCGAUAUUGUGUUUUCGAGCAUACCAAGUAAAUUUUCUAAAUUUUAAAUACUUUGCGGUAUUUAGGGCGAUUUUCAAUCUAUUUCCCGAAUGAUUAUAUUUUUCGAUAGCGCGUGAAAAGCGCUUUCAAUAUCCGUAUAGAUAUCCGUAUAGAGAUCUAUCCACAAACAAAAGUUAUUUUUUAAAAAGUUUUUAAUAAAAUAUGCGGUUGGGGUAAGUUGGCGGUGUUGCACGCGGGGCAAGUUGGCGGUACUAUUUACAGUGCAAAAAAGUCAUCAAAAAAUUUUAUUUCUGAAAUUCACUCCAAAGUAAGAAAAUCUUUUUCUUGUGUAUCUAGCCAAUGUAGGAGACAUUUAUUCCGGCCAAUUGCACGAAAAAUUUCUAAAAUUUGCUUUUGAAUAUCCCUAUUCAAGCGUAAGCGUCAAAGUCAAAAUGCCGGGGUAUUGAAACUGAAAUAUAAUAGCAAAUAUCGGUUAAUAUACAGUUUUCUCGAAAAAACAUUCAGCACGUUCCAAAAGGACCCUUGAGGUAAUUGAAUCUCCAUUUGAUUGCUUAGUUUUUGGCAUAUCCUCACAUACCGCCAACUUACCCCGGGGUAAGUUGGCGGGUUUUCCGCGUCACAUAUUUUUGUCUCUAAAAAAGGAGACAAUGCAUCAAACACUUUCAAAAAAAUCAGAGAUGUUGCCAACAGUCUGCUCUUUCAUGCCGCGUGUUCUAUUUUGCAAGAUCUACCUACAUCAAAGCGGUAAAAAUUUAAAACUGAGAACACCGCCAAUUAGCCCCGAUCUCCCCUUCAUUACAGGUGUUAGUAGGGGAAAGGGACAGCCGCAUUUAGGGUCAGCUUACCCCAUUCUUAUGUUAGUAAGGGCAGGCUUUUUAUUUGCUCACACAAUGUGCACAAAGAGUGAAAUACACCGAUGAAAAAUAGAGUAAAACAAAAACACUACGAUGUGCAGAACGGCCGCACAAAGAGAAACUUGAAAACGAAAAAGAGAAAAGUUCAAAGAGAGAGAAUUUUUAAUAGCAAUGUAAACAUCACUGUGUCAGACAAUUCUAAUGAAAGUCAUUUUCGAAAUCAUAGUAUCUAUCUUCACUUCAAAAACAUGUUGCUCUUUCAAUGUUAAUCCGAUUUGAGCAAAACUAGUUUCAUUUUAAAGGGCUUUUGAAGACCUUUGUUGAUUAUUUUAACAUGUUCACCAAAUUUGAUUCGAACUUUGUAAUAUUAUUACAAAUAUAUCUUAAGUGGAUUGAUGGCAAAUUCUUUUUUCACAAAUGUAUUUCGCACAAUCAGGUGAAAUAGCUCGGAACGGUCCCUUAUUACACAUUCUUUGGGAAAUCAUCUCUACUUUUCGAAUUUCGAGGUCUCGUUUUGCCCCUUUUUGCCCGGAGGGGUUUAAAAUCGACUUUUUUAAAUGUUUGCUGACAUGGAGGAGCAUGGUGAUUAGUGCAAAAUAACAACUAAAUAAAACGAAAACAGACACUUUUUGUAGAGAUUAAAAGUAGUUUUAUCCAAUUAUUAUGUUGUUAUAACUAGCUUCAGUUAUAUCUAAUCAGUGAAAAAAGAUCAUAAAAAUGGUAUUAUGGUUAUAAGAAAGGUUCGAUAACACUGUAUGGGAAAAUUAUCUAAUCUUUUAUAACUUUUGACAUUAAAAAUGAGCUCAGCACCCCAAAAUUACCUUAACAUCGCAUCGUAGACUCGUGAAGCGGUGCCAUAUUGUAGCUGAAGGGAAAGGUUCAGAGCUUUCUACUGUGAAUGAGAGAAGGGAAAAUGUACUAAACUUGGACUUUAAAAGUUUUCAAACCAUAUAGAUAAGAAAAUUGUAGGGGUGGGCACAGCUUACCACGACGUCCCGGACUGACACGUCACACUGAUCAACCCGAGGGGAAUCUAUAAGUUGGGACCUGGCAACACAAUACUCUGCAAACAGCCUAAAAACAUGCUCGACGUCGUGAUAGCCAUUCUCACAAACUCAAUGAUUACUCUCAGCAAGUGCUAUACGACGGAGAUACGUAUCAAAUGUGUAAUGGUUGGACAUGAGUCUUGACAGCGUACAAAUAAAACCUCAUCCAUGCCUUUAAGCCAAACAAUCGUCGGUACCCUCGGGAUAAUGGAAUGUAGCUACCGUCCCAGAUGCCCAUCGCUCCAUGAAGUUUGCUACCUUCCGGACGUCUUCUGACGAGAGAUACUGAAAAAUUCAUUGAAACAAAUUGGUCUUUCAUAAAUGUCGCAUAUUCUCAUUGAUCGCGAUGGAGCUGGGUGACAGGACCCAAACCAAGGUAAUCUGGUAAGGUUUUUCAGGCAAAGCACUCAGAUGUUCCCGUAUUUUUUAUUUUCAGGAAAUAAAGGGAGUGCUUUCCAAGCUUUGCCACAUACUGGAUUCUCUCUAGUUCAAUGAAAUGUAUGUUCGUAGCGGAGCGAAAGCAGAAACAUCCAUACUACAACACUAAUAAUACCGUUGUUUGGUACAGCCCGAUCAGGUCUUCUGGGUGGGCACCCCACCAUGUUCCGGUUAUUGUACGGAGAAAUUUGAUCAUUUGCUGGCACUUCUGUUUCAGAUGCUGGGACAUCCCGAGGUACCUUUAGAGUCGAACAAGACCCCAAGAUGUUUGAAUGUGGAAACCUGAGCAAUAGUUCUAUCCAUUAAUUGAAGCUGUAGUUUCGCUGGUUCACGCUUCCUAGAAAAUAUGACUAGCUCAGUUUUCUCCGUGGGGAACUCGAUACCCAGUUGGAGAGCCCAAGCAGACAAAUGGUUAAAGGUAUCUUGCAGUGGUCCUUGCAAGUCGACGGCUUUGAGGUCUGUAAUAGACACCACACCGUCAUCUGCAAGCUGCCUUACGUGCAGAAAUUGACAAGACCUUCGUCAAUAUCAGUCAAUAAUUCGUGAUGUCGAUAAUGCGGAAAAUGCAUGUUUUUCAGACAGCAAAAAAAUGUUUAAAACUGGUGAAAGACCAUGCUGUGCUGGCGCAAUUUCUCAUAAAGAAUGUUGAUAGAAACUGAAUCAAAAGCCUUCUUAAUAUCCAAGAAUACUGAUGCAAUCUGCUCUUUUUUAGCAUAGGCCAUUUGAAUUUCUGUUGAGGGCAGCGCAAGCCAUUUGCUUCGACGCAAUUGUGAAGGCGAAACAAAAACAUUUACUUCCGGAUGCGGGACAGCAUUUCAAUCGGUCGAUACGAGUUGUGAUCGGAGGCUGGUUUUGCUGAUUGUUUGAUGGCGAUGACCUUCACUUGCCUCCAGUGACAAGGGAAAAUGUUACCCUCAAGAAAACCAUUAAAUAAUUUCAAUAAGUGGAGCAGCUCUUCUAAGCAUUUCUGCGCAAGAGAGUGUAGUGAUUUUUGGUGGAUCGCUUCAAUUUUCAGCGCGAAGCUUGUACGUUGGACAUGUCAAAAGUGCAUGCGGAUUCUCUCCACAGUAAACACACUUCUCAACGGAUCUCCUGCGACCAUCAUCCGGCUGGCGUUCUCCAUAUUUGCUGCACCGCUGCUCGUUACUACAGUUGGUGGAGGUAUGGCCUACUUGCUUGCAAUUGGAAUAAUUCAUGACCAGCGGUACAAACAGACGCACAGGUAGACGAGCUCCUCCCACUUCAACGUAGCUCGGAAGUGCAGAUCCGGCGAAAGUCAGACGAAACGAGUCUGAUGGAUAGUACUUCCCAUCUUCGAUGGGCAUUGAGUGCAAUUGCUUGCACUCCAAAAUCUUAAAUGAUCGAAGGUUUUGGAAGCUGCCAACUCUAUCAUUCAUCAGAACAUCGGCAGCUAAACCCACAUCACUUACAACACCGUCAAUCUCCAAAUUUCGAGAAGGAAUGUAGACGCGUUACUGUAACGUGAAGAGACUACUGCUAAUAAUAGCGUUGACCUGUUUCAAAUCAGUCACGACUACGAGCAGUUUAUCUGACUGGACUUUUUCAAUCUAAUUCACGGCCGAGUAAUGUUUUAUCAGCUCCCGUGCAACAGUUAUGUUUAGUGGUUUAUUUUUGGGCCGAAAGUAUGCCACCCAAGGACCAGCGGACCCAUUUUGGUAAACCUUGUCAUGGAUGGGAUUCCUGCGAAACAUUGGUAGGAAGUCGGGUAGGUGGACCGGAGAUGAUAUCGUCUGUCUCCGAAAAUUUGCAAUCUAGACCUUCAUCUUCCCCAUAAGAUUCAUCUUUGGGGGAUCGCCCGUCUAGAUCCAUUUUGUUGCGUGAAAAACACGCUCAGCCGCACUUACAACUUUGGAAUACGAUCAGUAAAAAAGACGAAAUGCAAAAAAAAAAACUUGGCUGGCUAUCCUAAGCCAGCAAGUAGGUGGAUUACUCUUCGCCGUCCGCUGUGUGUAUCCCAGUUAAGCUCAGCCGGAAAUGAACCGGAAUUCUGGCAGGUUCCAGUUCGUAUUCCGGCUCCAGUGACACAACCGAUUCUAGUUAGAAUCGGUUGUGUCACUGGAGCCCGUGUACGAACUGGAACCAGCCAGAAUUCCAGUUCAAUUCCGGCUGAGCUUUACUGGGAUGUUGCGUGACCAUGACUAGGUUGGGUAUUAUCAGCCCCCUGCUAGGCAGCCAUUUUGUCCUAGCCAACAUCUGCCUUUGUUCAAAUCAAAACAACCCAAUGCUAUUGCACAGGCGACAUGGGCCUAGAUGCGGCUAGGCCCACAUAUGUUGACUACUGUCAAAGUCUGUAUAUCUCCAUAGAGGAUGACAGGAGUGACACCCUCCUGGGUAUUAUUGCUUCGACGUGACAGCCAGACAAAGCCGAUGUCAACUCGCCUUGUAUCGUGAGAUAGCAAAUUGCAAUAACAAUUUGUGCUCCAACACUUGACAGGUAAAUAACAUUCACGGAACUGUUUAUUUACAAUAUGUUACAGUAGCCUCUGCAACAGUAAGCACCUUCGUAAUACCGAGAAAAAUAAACCACACCGGAGAGAACAAAACGCACUUGUUUCUCGAUACAAUGUUCGGUUCUUUACCGAUUUUGCUUUGUUUUUUUUUUUAAUUUAACGCGUCUCAAUGCGUUAGCACAACUGAGCCAUGGAUCUUUUGAGUUUUUACAAUAAGUAAAACUAAAUCAAUACUAAGAAUGUUAGUCUGCCAGAUCUUGUUGAUGCAGUUUGCUGCUGCUUGUUGAGAUCCUUUUCCUUGGCGGUGAGACAUUAGUAGCCCAAUAAAAAUAAUAAAAAAAAAAUUCUUGCAAAAAACAUGUUGACCAAAAAAUUGAGUUUUGUGAUGUUCAAAAUUUUAAACAAACAUUUAUUGCAAAGAAUCGAAAAUUUGUUGAUGAAAAAGGAAUCGUUCAAGUACACGAGAAUGUAGAUACAAACAAUACAAAAAAAAAAUUGUAAAUCGGUUGAAUAGUUCUUAAGAUAUCACGUUCACCGCAAUGGCACUUUUCAAAAAACUUCAUUUCGAGAUAAUUGCGUUUAAAGUUUUGUGUCCACUUUAUUCGUAGAAGAACCAUCGCACUGCAAACGGCUGUAAUUUAAAAUCUAGCGCUCAGAUCUGGAUGAAAUUUCACACAGAUAUUUUCAGAAGUAUGUACUUUCAGCAUAUUCAAUAGUUUUUUAUUUCGAUUUUUUGAGUUCCAACUUUGUAUAUAACCCCUUAAUUGAGUCGUUGGUUUUGGUUUAUCUGCCAGAAGUUGCUUAUUAGAGUUGCCUGUAGCAGAUGAGCUUUGACUAGUUGCUUCGGCGCAUGUUUUCCGUGGUGGUGUGAUCAGCGUUGUUUGCUUAUAGGUUACGCCAUCCUACGUCGAUGAGCUGCAUUCGAUAUUCAGAAAGGUAUUGGUUUAGCCACUCGCAUCCUCAGAAUACGAACGCCGUUAGAAAUAUCGGUGAAAUAAGUGUCAUUCGUAAUAAAUUCCACUUCUCCGUAUUGCGACAUAAUUCGUUUAAUGUAAUCUUUCUUAGUGCGCGGUACCAGAUCAUGGAUACGAACGUCCACCAUGUCAUUUUUCAUAUACACGGGGAUCUUGAAUCUGAUGUUAUUAAAUUCGACCUCGUGUUACGAGUUGUUCUUUGCAAUAAAAUUUUGUGCCAGUGCUAAACUUCUAAACGUAUUCAAAACACGUGGUGUAGCUAAAUGUACAUAACUUCCGUUAGAUUAAGCUUCUUUUUAAUUUUAACUAGUUAUUCCAACUCCUGAACUGUCGGUCUAACAUGAGUUUUAUGGAAGUCGAUCGAAAUUGUGUUAUCCUGUAGCACGGACAUUUUUGUUUCCUUUGUAGUCUACUGCGCAGCCGUGGGCAACGAAACAGUAUUGGUUGUGCACUGGAUAUAGAACAAAGCGCUGGCUUGCUUUAUUGGUAUCUAUAGCGUAGCGAUUUUUUGCUUCUACUUUGUUCGAGGUCAGGAGGUAGACUAUGACUUCUUUACCGAUUGCUCCGAUCCGUUUUGUCUUCUUAAUUGUUGGUAGUUUUUUAUGUUGUUAGAUUUGCACAAUACACAGGAUUUCUUUGUGGUCUAGCACCCAGCCUAACUGACACCGGCGGCUGCUUUUUAAUUCUAUCAUCCGGUAAGGUUGUAGCAUCUAUAUUCGCUCGAACACCGUGCAAGAAGUAUGCACUUAAAUUUGUCUUCCUUUGAAUUGAGAUCUGAGGACGCUUGAUGGAAAAAUCUAAAACGGGAGUGCUAUUUCGUGGCGGCAAAAUCUUAGUAAUACAGUAAUAAAUCGGAACAUAGUAUGCGGAAAAAAUCCGUUCAUAAAUUCGUGAGAUGGAAAUCACGAUUUCGUAAACUUAACGAUUUUCGAAAACCGUGAUAAAGUUCCUGAAAACAUGAAUAAUAAACCUAGUAUUCAUGAAACUAUUUGUGUAUUCAAAAAACUUUUUCCUGCCAAAAAUAUUCAUGGGGUUACAUUCGAAUGUUUGGUUGGGUUCCCCGGACAUGUUUAGUUUUUGUUAUGAUUCAUGUUCAUAAUUUUGUGAAAUAGAUCACGUGAAAAUUUUGUGACCAUGUGCAGAGUUGCAUGGAAUUGAAAAUUGAUUAGGGAUGUGUUCUAAAUAUCACAAGCACACAAGAUAAAACGUUCACGAAAUUAUGAAUAUAAUGUUAUGAUUUUUGAAGCUAUUUCGUGAGCACGAAUCGCCAGUCAUGACUGUUAUACAAAGCAUCAUGAACCAGUUCACGUAUCUACGAAUAAUAUUUCAUGAUUUUGUGAACUAUUUAACGAGCACGGACAUAGAAUCGUGACUAAUAUAUUAGGAAUCGUGAUUAAGUUCACGAGGAUUAAAAGGAUUCAUGAAAAAUAAUCCGUGGUUCGUGAAAUAGUGCACGAGAAAGUAUUCAGACACAUUGUGAACCAAUUCACAACCACGAAAACCAGAUCGUGAAUAAAAUGUAAUAAAUCAGGUAUGAGUUCACAUCGUAUAGUCCCUGACUCUGAAUAAUGUUCCUAAAUCUGUGAAUCAAAUUACGAGUCAACCUUUGGUUUAUGAAUAACGUUCGUAAACGUACAAAAAACAAUUUGGCGGAAAUCGUGACUGAAGUUCACAAACCAAAAAAAAAAUAUCUCCAAUGCACUAUGCAGGCGUUACUGAAGGAAAAUUGAUCAUAAUUAUGAAACGCAUGAUUUUUAUUCAUGGUCCUGUUUUCGUAAAGCGAUGGUUCCAGAAUUCAUGGCACUUUAUUCGCGAAUUUGGGAACAAUUUUUUUCCAUGUACCAUCAGUUGUUAUUCCGAGAUCUGAAGAGAGAACUAACGGAAAUUCAUGUCAUUUCAGAUACAUAAACGAUGUCGUAUAAAUAAUAAUGUCAGAAACGUGAAGCUGUACUUUAUAAACGCUUUUUUAUUGUUUACGCAAAAACAAAAAUAAACACGCCUAGGAUCAGAUGCAGUUGUACCACUCUAGCCGAAGAACUAUUCUCUAGGUUGAACAGUUCCAAUUGCAAGAAACAUUUCGAAAAAAAUAACUUUUCCCCGAAAAAAGAUAUCUUUAUGGAUAGGGCAUUGUAAUUCCUAUUGUGGAUUAUUAUGUGUUAAAAUGACUAUCAAAGUGCUCCACUACAUUCGAAAAAGUUUUUAAGUAUUAAAGGAUACAACCUACAAAUCAGGUCUUUUUCUGGGAAUCAGCAUCUUCAUAGGAAUGUGAUACAAUCUGUAUACCAAACAUUGCAAGAGUACAAUAUUCCUGCCAUUUUAGAUGUACAUAAAACAUAUAUUGCAAAUAAUCUUCUUCCGUACAGUAGCGCUUUUCCUGCCUUUGUGAAGGGCAGAGAUGAUUACAUAUUCUAGUUUCAAUUAGGUUUGUUUUCCAAAAUGUAAAUAAUAUGUACCUAGUAUUUGUGAAUAAUUUAACAUUAUUAUCUAAGACAAUUAAGUAUGCAACAAUAGACUAUCAAAUGUCUAUUAUUUAUUACCUUAUUCAUUUCAAUAAGUUCCAAAAUCGCCCUUGUAAUCAACAACAGUGACGAAAUGGGAUUUGCUUAACACAUGUUUCCAGUAACCGAAAUAGUUCUUUUUUUAACCCACCGGAAGUCACGCAAAUGGCUCACUAAACGAGUAACGGCUGGUGCACUAAGACGAUUUCGCAAGAUUUUCAGAGCGGCGUGACAGUGACGGUUGCGAUAAUUUCUCAUAUAAUCCAUACAUUUUUCCAGUUUAGGUGCGUUCGAUCAAAUUGAACUGCUAAAGCAGUUAUUUUUUCGCAGCACGUGUUACAAAACAUGGGUUAAAAAUGUAUUUUUAGGUAAAUAGACGAAAACAUGUAUAUGCAAAAUACCUAUUCGAGACAAUUGAACUGAAAACAUUCAGUGAAAAGUUGUUAUUGCUUAUAAGGAAGCAGCAGAAUGUUUGUUUUCAAAAAUCAAACAAUGUGCAACAUUUGGUAAAAUUUCUAACGCAGCGUAUAUAUAAUAAUAAUAAAAGUAUGGAAAAUGUUUUA